UCGCUAAAUAUAGAAAUGAUUGUUGUAUUGAGCCUUAUAAUCAAUAUAAAUACUGUGACUGCUUUUAUGUUUCCUAUAUACCAUAGUUCAGAGUACAAUAGACCAGUCGGCAUAUUAUAGAGCAUUUCUGCAUCUGCUAAGCAAGGAGCAACAUUACAAUAGAUACAGUUCUUAUAAGACAAACAUGCCUAAAACACUAGCGCAGCUGAUCAAUGAUGGAACGAUCAUCAACAAAGCAGGAGAGACUGUCAAAAUUGAGGACAUUGCUAAACCAGGGAAACAUGUAGGCCUGUAUUUCUCUGCUCACUGGUGCCCACCCUGCAGGGGGUUUACCCCUGUGUUGACAGAGUUUUAUAAUAAAGUAAAGGCAAGCGACAAGGCAGACAAACUAGAGAUCAUAUUCCUAAGUUCAGACAGGGACGAAAAAAGCUUUAAAGACUACUUUGGAGAAAUGCCAUGGUUGGCUCUGUCUUUUGGUGAUGAUGAUAUUAAGGGGGAAGUGUCCAGUGAGUUUAAUAUCCGAGGCAUCCCUUCACUUAUUAUCAUAGAUGGCGCUACGGGAGAGGUGAAAUCUAGCGAUGGCAGAGGUCUAGUGUCCAGUGAUGUUAAUGGCGAGAAAUUCCCAUGGGGUUUAUAGACAGUAUGAAUGACUAUUAUCAAAAUGAAACAAGAAUAUGGUUCUAUAACGGAUAUAGCAGCUGUUCAUACUACAUGUCACAUAUAAUAUAUAUGGAGAUGUGGAUAUUUAUUUUAUACUGUUGUCCCCUUUACCAUUGUUUUCUUUAAAUGUAUUGUAAUAUCUUAUCAUUAUAGAAAAAGAAUAUAAAUAUUAUGAAUAUCAAAUGCAUCAAUUCUAUGUAUAAUACACAAAUGACAAAGGUUCACAUGAUCAUUCAGUAUUUUUGCAAUAUUAAGAAUAUUCAUACAACUGUUCUAUAAUUCUGU